AUGCAUCAUCCCACCCUCCUCGCUGUGGGCAUCGCCGCCCUGGUAUCCAUGCCUGGGGCCAUGGCAGGCAUGUACCCUAAGAGCUCUGCUGUUCUCCAGGUGGAUGGCAAGAGCUACGACCGCUUGAUUGCGCAGUCGAACUACACUUCGAUUGUCGAGUUUUACGCCCCCUGGUGCGGCCACUGCAAGAACCUCCAGCCCGCCUACGAGAAGGCAGCCAAGAGCCUCGAAGGACUUGCCAAGGUCGCCGCCGUCGACUGUGACGAUGAUGCCAACAAGCCUCUCUGCGGUCAGUUUGGCAUCCAGGGCUUCCCCACCCUCAAAAUCAUUCGCCCUGGCAAGAAGAGCGGCAAGCCCGCCGUCGAAGACUACAACGGACCCCGCACCGCCACCGGCAUCGUCGACGCCCUUGUGGACAAGAUCAACAACCAUGUCAAGAAGGUGACCGACAAGGACCUCGAUGCCUUUGUCGCCUCUGGCACCGACAAGCCCAGGGCCAUCCUCUUCACCGAGAAGGGCACAACGAGCCCGCUGCUCCGCAGCAUCGCCAUUGACUUUCUCGAUGUCAUCACGAUUGCGCAGGCGAGGAACAACCAGAAGGCCGUUGUUGAAAAGUAUGGAAUCGAAAAGUUCCCCACACUGAUCCUGCUGCCCGUCGGCGCCAGCGAGCCUAUCGUCUACGAUGGCGCCAUGAAGAAGCCCGCCAUCGUCGAGUUCCUCUCUCAGGCCGGCACCCCUAACCCCGACCCUCCCGUCAAGGCUGGCAAGAAGGCCAAGUCCACUCCUAAGGCCGAACCCAAGGCUAAGGCUGCCGAGGAGAAGCCUGCCCCUGAAGCUGCGGCCGAAGAUGUUGUCGAGGAGCCUGUUGCCACCCCGGCAGCACCCGCUGCGGCGCCCAUUCCCUCCGUCGACACGGCCGAGCUUCAGAAGGAGUGCCUGGCCCCCAAGUCUCACACGUGCAUUCUGGCUCUCGUCCCGACCACCGCCAACGACAAGUCGGAGAAGGUUCUCGGCUCCCUCGCUGAGCUGGCUCACAAGUACACUCAGGGCGGCCGUCACCUGUUCCCCUUCUACGCUGUCUCCGGCGAGAACCCGAGCGCUGCCACGCUGACCAAGACGCUGAGCCUCAAGACUGACGUUGAGCUUGUUGCUGUGAACGCCCGCCGGGCUGGUGAGGCACUACGAGGGCGAGGCGAUGCCGCGAGCGUCGAGCUUGAUUGA